UGUGUGUGUGUGUGUGUGUGUGUUAUGAAUGUCUGCUUCAGCCAACUGGUUAUGUCUGUCUUUCAUGGGAACCGGCAAGAGUUUUGUCUGUUCCUUAUCUUUGUUUUUGUUGGAGGUCGUGUUGAGUCUGCGUGUUUGAGUUUUCGUACUGUAUGAGUAUGAGAGUCAUUGUGUAUCUGUGGCACACCAAACAUAAAGAGUUUAUUGAUAUUCAAGACCCAAGUGCUAUAAAAUAAUGUUUACCACAGCUCUUACUUCCUUUAUGUUUCCAAGUGUUUUUAUUUUUUUUCUUACAACAGAGCGGUUUCCGUAAGUCAAAAAAAAAAAAAAAAAAAUCUGCCUGCUUCCGAAAACACAUACUCUCUUGAGUAUGUAUUUAUUUUGAAUAAGUAGUUACUUAACGACUGCUAAAUAAGUAUGAUCUAUAUAUACACUGCCAGGAAUUUACAGGAUUAAAGAGUAUUAUUUUACAAUAAAUGACUGUAGUCGGAAAUUUACAGUGAAAUUAAUGCAUGCUGGGUCAUUUUCUUACGAAUUACUGUUAAUCAACAGCAAAAUGAUACAUCAAAGUAAUUCACUGCUCUUGUUUUACUGUGAAUUAACAUUAUAAAGUUGUCUUUAACCAUGCCACUGUAAGAAAUUAUAUUGUUUACCACUGUAAUUGUUUUGAAGUCACCAUUAUGGUGAUCAGUGUUCUAUUUGCUUGGGCUCUUGGACCUUGUAUAUUCAUAUGCAAAAUUCUGAUCUAGCCAAGUCAGAAGUGUGACAAAUGGAAACAUUUGUUAGAACAGUGACAAGCUAGAAUAAAAAAUAAGCUAAUUGGCUGAUUUUCAGUUAGUCAAACUAUUCUUAGCAUGAAUAUGAAGAUUUCGCUUUAGAGUUAUUGUAGCAUGAAGAUUUACCCGUAUCUUAUUUCAAAUUCAUAACAGUUUGUAGAUUGAUCAAAUAGUCACAAUAGUAAAGCAACUGCUGAGAUUUAUCUUUGAAAGGUGUGACAUCAUCUUGCAACACAAGACUUUUUUUUUUUUAUAAGCAUCAAAUAUGCACAGACAUCAAUACUACAAAACACAACAAUGGUGACACUAAACAAAUUAUACUAUAAAAAAAAAACACAAAUUACUAAAAGUGGACCAAAAAUAAGAUCAGCAGCACAAAUAAAACCAACAAGUAUCAAAAAACUCUACAGCAUAACCUAUUCAUGCUGCAUUGCAUGCUGGGUACCUUCAUAGUACACAUGCACUAUAGAAAUAGAAUGUGAUAUUGUUUGUUUACAGUCAUUUUUGUUUUCCAGUACUGUAAAGUCACUUUACUUUUUACAGUAAAAUUGUAAAAACUUCACUGAAAUUGGCAGUACUGUAGAUUUUACAAUACAUUUCUGAGAGUGUUAGAUACAAGAGAAGUCCUACUGUGAAAUGACUGUGAAAGUAAUGCAAAUAUUAACCUGGAAUAUACUGUAAUUUCACAGUAAAAUGUUUAACAGUGGUAUGAAUGUGUGUAGAAUGUAAUCUGGACAUACGCCAUGUUGUCAUUAUCACGAGACCUACCAGCAUCAGUUGCGUCACAUCACCACCAUUCACAAAUCCUCUCCCGUGGCCUCAUGGGAUAGUAAAGCAUUCAUGGUAUGCACACUUCAGAAUCUCACCAGAAAAAGUAGGUCAUCAGGUACUUUUUGCCUACUCUUUUAUGAGCACUGUGAAUUUAGACAUACUUCUUUUGUUACAUACUGUUUUUCGCCUACUAUAUAGUAGGGAAGUUAAGUAUGCGAUUUCGGAUGCUCCCAACCCUUUAUUUUCUCUACUGAGAAAUUGAUUUUUACUGAUUAAAGGUACACUAUUUUUGUUCAGAAUUAAUAAAAAGUAAAUAAUGAAUCAGUACAUUACCAGUUCUUCUUCCAAAACGUGUUUAUGUUUUACCCUCAUUCACUAUGGUAAGCCUGUUAUAAGUGUUUAUGCUUUAGACCUGUCGGGAUGGUUUUUUGCAGGAAAUUGCUUAGAUACGUCACUCACCUGUGUGUGUCUUGUCAUAUCUGUAAAUAGAGAAAAGUUGCUGCUACUUUGAUGUGUGUGUGGUGUGGGAGUGGCAUAUGUUAGUGUCACAACUAACGAGAAAGGUUGACUUAGAGCCGCUAAAUCUCGAACCUCCGGUGAAUCACCCAUUUUAAAAAAAAAACGCAGAACAGAGGAGAGUCUGUUGGAUAUAAGAAAGUGACAGAGCUCGUAAUAAAACAAGAAUCAACAUUGGCUUGGCUUUUCAGAGAUGGCGAGAACUGAGGGAUUUGAAAUGUUGUAAAAGCAAUGUAGAGAUGAUGUUUUAAUUACUCAGCAGGUCAGUAAGGUAUUUUAUUGAACAGAUAAAUUGCCAUAUGUAGCUCUCUAACAGAGUUCAUUGUAAAGCAUUAUCUAUUGUGAAGGGUUGUUUCAUUAUGGUUGUUGUAUCACUGUGCUGGAAUUUAUUUUCAAGGAAGUACCAUGACUAUUAAUGGAUAAAGCUACAGCUAAUCAGAUUAAGAUUCUUUCCAUUUAAACUGGUUAUAUCUAUUAAUAAAAUAAGUAGUGAAUGUUUUGUGGGAAGUAUGAUAACCAUAUUCAUCCGCACAGUCACGCAGAGCAGAAGCACAACCAAAACAAUGUUCUUCCGCAAAAUGCAUGCAGUUUUGUUUUUUAACCGCUGUAGGGUCAAAAGUUACAUAUAGUGUACCUUUAACCUGUAAACCUUUCAGAUAACAUACAUUGUAUAAAAGACAAACCUACAAUGAGCUCUUAGAUUGAAAUGAUAUAUGCCAAAAGUCACUGUGAGGUCAGUAAGAUUUUUUGAUGUUUUUAAAAGAAGUCUCAGGUGCCUUUUUUAAUCAAAAAAAUAAUGUAAAAACAGUAAUUUUGUGAAAUUUAUAUUUGCAAUUUAAGCUAAGUGUUUUCUAUUUAAAUUUAUAUUUUAAAUUGUAAUUUAUUCCUAUGAUGUCAUAGCUAAAUUUUCAGCAGCAUCAUCACUCCGGUUGUGGGCGGUCACUGUCGUGCUCUCUUGAACAGCAGGAACAAAGAAAUAUUCUAUGUAGUGUAUGGAAAUGGCACAGAAAACAAGCUUCCUCCCACCAUGUUGUAAAUAUCACCGCUCUUUCAGGCAGAUGAAAGAGUCGCUUUUACUUCUGUGAGGCCAAGGCCAAUAUAAUUUACCCCAAACACACAAGCAGCGUUACUCACCAGCCCUCCCACAUACAGUGUUUUCCUGCAGGCUCCUCCAAGUGGGUGAGUAAUCAGUCCCUUUCCUUUCUGAUGCAAUAUCAUGUCAAAUACAAACAGGAAUCACUCUCUAGUAAACAUAUAACUAGACCAAUGAUUACUUAAGAUAUAAUUAUAUAUUUGACCAAUAAUCUGCAUACAUUUUUUCUGCUUAAUUUUAUAUUAUAUAUUAAUUUAAUUUAUUGUUAAUACUAAAUUAUGUGUUUUGCAGAAAAGUGCACCACUGGCAGUUUUUAAUGUUGCCAUGGAAACAGAAACUCAGUGUCCACUCAAGAUUGUGACGCAAUUGGUCAUUCAGUUUUGUGUACAAACAGACAUACAGAUGACGAACUUUGUGACAAACGUCCCUCAGGCUGCUGUUUGUGGUUCAUGGGACAAGGAAAGGAAAACGGAAAGAGAGACGUGAAGUGACAGUGGAGCGAGAGGGUGGAGCUCAAACACAGAGAUGGUGUGAUGGACAUAGGAGGAGUGAACAGGUAGCCGAAAGGUGUGCAUGUGUGUUUGGAUCAUCGUCUACUUCAUAUCAAUCAUCAUCAUCAAAAUCACCAUCUUUGAGGACAAGAACCAACACUCAAGGAGAAGGAAGCAAGUAGACGGCCUCAUGCAGCUUUGAAGUGAUAUCGUUGCAGGUGGUACCAGACUCAUCCAUGCAAGUAUUCUAGACCGGUGGUGGACUUUGAAGGGGUUACAAUGGAUGUUCAGGUGGAAAAGGAGAGAGGAGAUGAGGAAAAAGAAGAAGGGCAAAGAACGUCUAUCUUCUCCCCGCAGCUGAAAGCCAUGAUGCGAAUCAAGAAGAAGUAUCUAAAGAGAUCUAAUUCAGUCAAAUUGGCUGUCAACUCAGCUGCCUCUGAUCCUAAGAGCCCCCAAACCAGAAAGUUCAAGCGAAGGAAGUCCCGUGUGCUGUUCCCUAAUGACACUCUGAUCAAGCCAAAGAAAGAGCGCAGCCGAGCGAAACCUUUCCUAGUGCUCUUUAGCGUGAUCGUCUUCGUCCAGGUCUACAACGCCAUUGAGAAUCUGGACGACCAUGUUGUGAAGUACGAUCUUGAGGGUUUGGAGAGGACGUUGCACAGGGAGGUGUUUGGCCAGCCAGAGGCGCUAGAGGAGCUAAUGGACCAUCUGAACGAUUACCUGUCCACUUAUGCCCACCAGCAGCCCCUCGCCCUGUCUUUGCACGGGGCGUCUGGUAUCGGGAAAAGCCACCUGGGUCGCCUACUGGUACGGCACUUCCGCUCCGUGGUGGAGGACAAGCUAGUGGUGCAUUAUUUAUCCAAACACCACUGCCCCCUAAAGGAAGCAGCGCAGCACUGCGCCUCCGCACUUGCUCGGCGUAUAACUGAGGUAGUGACUCAAGCCGAGGAAGAGGAGCAGAUUCCCUUCUUCAUUCUGGAUGACGUAGAACUAAUGCCGCCUCCGCUGCUGGACAUCUUGCAGACGUUUCUUCAGUCAGAUCAGACGAAUGAGUUUCUCAAUGUGGUUUACAUUUUCCUCAGCAGUCUGGGGCAAAGUGAGAUCACAGCUCAUGUUCUUCAAAACGCCUCCACCGCUGGAGCCCAUAAACCACUCCGACGGGCCCUGUCUCUCAUCCAUCCUCUAUGGACGGAGCCAGCGGUCGAGCUUAUACCUCUUUCCCUGCUGGAGCGGGAACACAUCAUUCAGUGCUUUUUAGAGGAAAUGACCCUGGAAGGGUUUUACCCCGACCUCAGUCAUGUAGAGAGACUGGCGGAUGAACUGGCCUAUCACAGAGCGGCUGGAAGACAGUAUGCAAAAACUGGAUGCAAACAAGUAGUGGGAAAAGUUAACCUGCUUUGAGAGAUCUGAGAGAGUUCUGUUUGAAAAUGUGCACCAUUCAGCUAUUUCCAGUUACGCAAAUACAGCUCCUAUCUGAAGAAAUACUGAAAAACAACUUGCCAAACUCACAUUUCAAAGACACUACCAUUCAAAAGUUUGGGGACAGCAAAGAAAUUUAUAUUUUUUUAUUCAGCAAGGAUGCAUCAAAUUGAUCAAAAGUGACAGUAAAGACAUUUAUAAUGCUACAAAAGACUUGUAUAUCAAAUAAAUGCUGUUCUUUUGAACUUUUUAUUCAUCAAAGAAUUCGGAAAAAAAAAAAGUAUCAAGGUUUCCACAAAAAUAUUGAAAAAAAACUGUUUUCAACACUGAUAAUAAUAAUAAGAAGAAAUGUUUAUUGAGCAGCAAACCAGCAUUCAAAUUCACCAAAGUCACCAGAUCUCAAUCCAAUAGAGCACCUUUGGGAUGUGGUGGAACGGGAGAUUCACGUCAUAGAUCUGCAGCAACUGUGUGAUGCUAUCGUGUCAAUAUGGACCAAAUCUCUGAGGAAUGUUUCCAGCAUCUUGUUGAAUUUAUGCCACAAAGAAUUAAGGUAGUUCUGAAGGCAAAAGGAGGUCAAAACCGGUAUUAGCAAGGUGUACUUAAAGGGGUAGUUGAUUAUGAUUUCACUUUUUUAACUUUAGUUAGUGUGUAAUGUUGCUGUUUGAGCAACAACAUGUGUAAAGUUACGACGCUCAAAGUUCAAUGCAAAGGGAGAUAUUUUCUUUUAAAGAAUUCUCUGCUUAAGGACUACAACGAGCUUCUUCACAGGUUAGUGACAUCACUAACCCUAAAAUUUACAUAAAUUUACAUAACAAUGAGGGUGAGGUCAUCUUGGGCUGCUUUAGAGAAGAGGAAGAGUUGUUAUAGUAGAGUGUUGUUACCAUGCCGUCAUUUUACGCCGGACUGCUUCACAAAUGAGGGUCAAUUCAACACUGGAUUUGCACAAAAGAUUAACAUGACGGCACAUGCUAGUCGAUGAGUUGAAUCAACUCCACAGCAACUACAUAAAUUUAUCAACUAACCAUUCAGAAACGUCCAGUUUCAUUCUAAAAGUUGUAACUUCUUCCUGAGUCUCUCCAUCAGUAUCCGACUCCGGUUUGAACAAUGUAAGGCUGAACACCGUUACUGACAAUCCUCAUUUUGGCUGCGUGAGAUUCUCCAGUUUUGUUGUUGUUGAGGGACCGAAGCACGAGCUGUUUAAGCUCCACCCUCUUCUGGAAAGCGUGCCGGGAGCAGCAGCUCAUUUGCAUUUAAAGGGACACACACAAAAACGGCAUGUUUUUGCUCACACACAAAUAGGGGCAAAUUUGACAAGCUAUAAUAAAUGAUCUGUGGGGUAUUUUGAGCUGAAACUUCAGACACAUUCUGGGGACACCAGAGACUUAUAUUACAUCUUGUAAAAGGGCCAUUAUAGGUCCCCUUUAAUAAAGUGGUUGGUGAAUGUAUAUGUAUAUCAAAUAUAAAAGCUAUAAAUGCAUUGAUUGCCUCUGGUAGUUUUCUUGUGUGCAAAACUGUGAUAUAUUGGUGUUUGGUGGUGUGCUUGCUGUUUUUACUUGGUUGAUGUUUGGGUUUGUUUCCUCUGAUUGGCAGGUUGAUCUUGAUUUCACCUUUGUGUGUAUAUAUUCGUGUGAGACAGAAGCCUGGUUACCACCACAAAUAAUUUUGAAUCCCAAAUACACACCCCGUAUCUGCCUACAGCCCUCUGUCUGAGAAUGCUGAACAUAACAAGAUUCAAUUUUAAUCACUUCAAGACACGGCCGAAAAGUAUAUGUCACGCGAUCACCACACAUACACACACUUUCCAUGUAAAAUGAUUUUCAAUUUGGAGAAAAUGCCUUGAAAUAUGAGUGCUUUUGAGUACUAGCAAAGGAUUCAUGAUAUAUUAAAAGUUGAUAUUCACACUGCAAACAAUGACGUUCUUCCUCAGUAUUUUUGU